GCCCUGUCACCAUCUCGCGACAGCCCAGUGACGUCGCACAGCAAGCGCGUGUUCUGGGCUUUCACCUUCAGACGCCGCAGUUCACGGGCCGGCUCCUUUAAGUAAGUAAGUGAUGGACAGCGCUUCUACCCUAUCGGGGCCCUCGCCAACAGCCAAUCAGAUUUAAACUUCCUCCAGCCGCCGGAGAAGUUGGAAGACUGGGGUCACAAGAGAGCGAGAGAAGGAGCGAGGGAGCUCUUUUGUCUCUCGCAAGCUCGGGGAGAGCCAAGUUCUCAGGGGAAAAAAAAAACCAACAAAAAAAAGCCCCCCAAAACGCCAGGACUGAUGUCCAGACUUUCCGAGUAGUGGCUUAAAGGACGUGGUCACAAGCCAAUGAGAGGGAAGAGAAGGUGGGCUCGCUGCGUUCGCCGUGCUAGAAGUACCGUUACAGGGCAGACUUUCGGUCCAAUCAACGCCUCCAGGCUUUGGGUCAGGUGACCAUGAAGUGCGAGGGGUGGAGCCACGGCCUGGCGCGAGGAACCGUUAAGAUAGACAACGAAUAUAACCAAUGAGGUACUCCGACUCGGGCGUUGGGAACCCAAUAACAGCGUCGAGGCGGGCGCCUUCCCGGAGCGCGGGGAGAUGUAAAGACGGACAAAUAGUUUUUCCAAUGAGAAGGCUGACGAGUGAGUUAAUGGACCAAUGAGGUCUGCGGGGCGGGAGCCUUUGCCGCGGCGGAGUCCAAGAUGGCGGCGUGCGAGCCCGCUGUGUGAAACGAGCGCGGGGUGGCGGGUUAGUCAGCUCCGCAGAGACGACCUCCGGCGACCCUCCACCAUGAAAGGGAAGGAGCGCUCGCCGGUCAAGCCCAAGCGCUCCCGCGGCGGCGAGGACUCCAGUUCUCGCGGAGAACGGAGCAAGAAGUUAGGGGGCUCUGGCGGCAGCAAUGGGAGCAGCAGCGGGAAGGCGGACGGCGGCGGGUCGCGGCGGAGCCUCCACCUGGACAAGUCCAGCAGCCGAGGCGGCAGCCGCGAGUAUGACACCGGCGGGGGCAGCUCCAGCAGCCGCUUGCACAGUUACAGCUCCCCCAGCACCAAAAAUUCCUCCGGCGGGGGCGAGUCGCGCAGCAGCUCCCGGGGUGGAGGCGGGGAGUCACGUUCCUCCGGGGCCGCCUCCUCCGCGCCCGGCGGCGGGGACGGCGUGGAGUACAAGACGCUGAAGAUCAGCGAGCUGGGGUCGCAGCUGAGCGACGAGGCGGUGGAGGACGGGCUGUUCCACGAGUUCAAGCGCUUCGGUGAUGUAAGUGUCAAGAUCAGCCACCUCUCGGGUUCUGGCAGCGGGGAUGAGCGGGUGGCCUUUGUGAACUUCCGGAGGCCCGAGGACGCGAGGGCGGCCAAGCAUGCCCGCGGCCGCCUGGUGCUCUACGACCGGCCUCUGAAGAUAGAAGCCGUGUACGUGAGCCGGCGCCGCAGCCGCUCCCCGUUAGACAAAGAUCCCUACCCGCCGUCGUCCAGCGUGGUGGGAAGCUCCGUGGGGAGCCACCGGCACGCCCCUGGAGGAGGCGGCGGUCAGAGGUCACUUUCCCCUGGCGGGGCCGCGCUGGGAUACAGAGACUACCGGUUGCAGCAGUUGGCUCUUGGCCGCCUGCCCCCUCCACCCCCACCCCCAUUGCCCCGAGAGCUGGAAAGAGAACGAGACUACCCAUUCUAUGACCGAGUGCGCCCAGCGUACAGUCUGGAGCCCAGGGUGGGAGCUGGAGCGGGGGCCGCUCCUUUCCGAGAAGUGGAUGAGAUCUCACCCGAGGACGAUCAGCGUGCCAACCGGACGCUUUUCCUGGGCAACUUAGACAUCACUGUGACAGAAAAUGAUCUAAGAAGGGCUUUUGAUCGUUUCGGAGUCAUCACAGAAGUGGACAUUAAGAGGCCUUCUCGGGGCCAGACCAGUACCUAUGGUUUUCUUAAAUUUGAGAAUCUAGACAUGUCUCACAGGGCUAAACUAGCAAUGUCUGGCAAAAUUAUAAUUCGGAAUCCAAUCAAGAUUGGUUAUGGUAAAGCUACACCCACUACCCGACUUUGGGUGGGUGGCCUGGGACCUUGGGUGCCUCUUGCUGCCCUGGCACGAGAAUUUGAUCGAUUUGGCACCAUACGAACCAUAGACUACCGAAAAGGUGAUAGUUGGGCCUAUAUACAGUAUGAAAGCUUGGAUGCAGCUCAUGCUGCCUGGACCCAUAUGCGUGGAUUCCCACUUGGUGGCCCAGAUCGUCGCCUUAGAGUAGACUUUGCAGACACAGAGCACCGUUACCAGCAGCAGUAUCUUCAGCCUCUGCCCUUGACUCAUUAUGAACUAGUCACAGAUACUUUUGGACAUCGAGCACCUGACCCUUUGAGGAGUGCUCGGGAUAGGACACCACCCUUACUAUACAGAGAUCGUGAUAGGGACCUUUAUACUGAUUCUGAUUGGGUGCCACCCCCACCACCAGUUCGAGAACGCAGUGCUCGUGCUGCAGCUAGUGCUGUGACUGCUUAUGAGCCCCUGGAUAGCUUGGAUCGAAGGAGGGAUGGCUGGUCAUUGGACCGGGACAGAGGUGAUCGGGAUUUGCCCAGUAGCAGGGACCAGCCGAGGAAGCGAAGGCUGCCUGAGGAAAGUGGAGGACGGCAUCUGGAUAGAUCGCCUGAGAGUGACCGGCCUCGAAAACGUCACUGCACUCCUUCUCCUGACCGAAGUCCAGAACUGAGCAGUAACAGAGAUCGCUACAACAGUGACAAUGAUCGAUCAUCCCGUCUUCUUCUUUUGGAAAGGCCUUCUCCAAUCAGAGAUAGACGGGGCAGUUUGGAGAAGAGCCAGAGUGAGAAGCGAGACCGUAAAAACUCUGCAUCAGCUGAAAGGGAUAGAAAGCACCGGACAGCUGCUCCCACAGAGGGAAAAAACCCUCUGAAAAAAGAAGAACGGUCUGAUGGCAAUGCACCCAGUACCAGCACUUCUUCAUCAAAGCAGAAACCUCCUUCCCAGAAACAGGAUGGAGGGACAGCUCCUGUGGCAGCAUCCUCUCCCAAACUCUGUUUGGCUUGGCAAGGCAUGCUUCUACUGAAGAACAGCAACUUCCCUUCCAACAUGCAUCUAUUGCAGGGUGACCUCCAAGUUGCUAGCAGUCUGCUUGUGGAGGGUUCAACUGGAGGCAAAGUAGCCCAGCUCAAGAUCACUCAGCGUCUCCGUUUGGACCAGCCCAAGUUGGAUGAAGUAACUCGUCGCAUCAAAGUGGCAGGGCCGAAUGGUUAUGCCAUACUUCUGGCUGUACCUGGAAGUUCUGACAGCCGGUCCUCCUCUUCCUCAGCCACGUCAGACACUGCCACCUCUACUCAGAGGCCACUUAGGAACCUUGUGUCCUAUUUAAAGCAAAAGCAGGCAGCUGGGGUGAUCAGCCUCCCUGUGGGAGGCAACAAAGACAAAGAAAACACGGGGGUUCUUCAUGCCUUCCCACCUUGUGAGUUCUCUCAGCAGUUCCUGGAUUCCCCUGCCAAGGCACUGGCCAAAUCUGAAGAAGAUUACCUGGUCAUGAUCAUUGUCCGUGCAAAACUGGUGAACAGCGGAUGAAGAUACGGAAUUCAAAGCUCUAAUGGACCUUUUUGAAGAAAAGUUGUGGCUUAUGUGGAGUUUACAUGGGCCUCUGAUGGAAGAAAGCUAAUCUGUUUAGUAUUUUGUGCAUUUUACUAAAAUGGCAGCUUAACAUUGUGUAUCUGCUAUUGUGAUGCCAAUGCCGGUGUUUUAAGUGGAAAAAUGACCUCUUUGCUUUGUGCUGUGUACACAAGAUUUCUGGAAAAGUAAAGAAAAACCCUUUUUAUGGCUCACACAGCUUAAAAGUAGCUGUCACUCAAACAUGGGCUCACAGUUGAGCUGCUUUUGUUUUAUUCUAAAUAAAUUGUUUCUUUUGAGGAAAA